AUGCCCGGCGCAGAGCACCUGUUCCGAGUGGAUAUCAAGACGCUCAAGUUAUUCACGAGCUUUGCGUUUCCCUGGGCAGUGGACCACAUGAGUGAGCUGGAGGCCAUGUUCGAGUCUGAGUUCGACUACGCUUUAGAGCGUGAAAACAUGGAGCGAGUCAGGGCAAAUGUUGAGCAACGGUGGGGAAAGCGUGUAGCCAUUCCCAAGACAUAUCCUGAGCUGUGCAGCCGCCGAGUUCUGUGCAUGGAGUACCUCGAAGGAGAGAAGCUGGUCGAUGGCAUGCUCCGGCGCAUUCGCGCCCUCGCGGCGAAAGCUGGCCGAGAUCCAGAUGAGGUCAUCGCCAACCACCUCGACAGCCUUCGCACGGGCAAGCUGAUGCCACGAAGCGCCUAUGUGGCACGUUGGCGUGCGCGGGCAUGGCAGGUGUGGCAGCGACUGCAGGGCAUAGAGGAUGUCAACAUCCCGCGGCUGAUGGAGACGGCGUACGCUGCCCUUCUGGAGACUGCCUUGAAGCAAGACCUUGCAGCGAGGCUCAUGACUAUCCAUGCGGAGCAGGUAUUUUCCGACGGCCUCUUCAACGCCGAUCCCCAUCCUGGGAACGUGCUUCUGCUUAAGGAUACUUCGCGACUCGUUGGUCUCAUCGAUUUCGGCCAGGUGAAGGAGUUGUCCAUCGAUUUCCGGAUCCAGCUCGCCAAGCUGAUGGUUGCCUUGGCAAGAAGAGAUCAGGAAGAGGUGAUACGUGUCGACAAGGAGAUGGGUAGCCGCACUCGCCACUCCAAGCCGGACGUGCGGUACAAGGUCUUGACCUUCUGGUUAGACCGCGAUACGGACGACGUCACCGGUGGUCGAAGCUUCCACGACUUCUUGGCCUGGGCAGAGGCCGAAGAUCCACUGCUCGACAUGCCACAGGAGCUUCAUUUGGUCAUGCGAUGCUCCUGCAUGAUACGUAAUUUGGCCCUGACCUUUGGCAUCCGGCUGUCCACAGCAGAGUAUUGGAGACCGGUGGCACAAGCACUGCUUCAGAAACAUGGCGUUGCCUACUGA